GUUUCACUACUAGUAAAUUGAAGCUUUCUUGUGGUGGUUUGUGUCAAUGUGAUGAAGUUAAGCGUUUGAAUAUUAAGUGUCAUAAUAUCUCCUAAUAUGUGGAGUCAAACACUAUAUUUUAGUUGUGGAAAGUGACUGCGUUCAAGAAAUUUCAAGUGUCUUUGCAUUUCUGAACUUGAUACAAGGUAAAAUUAUGGUCAUCUUACUCCUUACUAGAGUUGAAAUUGAAUUAGAUUUGUUGUGUCAUCCUUUCCAUGCUGCAGUCCCCGAGGGUUUGGAAAAUAUUUCAAUCACUUUGUUUUAUUUUUGGUUAUUAUGUAUGGGGGUUUUUCCUUUUCUGUAAACCAUAAUGAAGUACAUAAAUUAAAGAGAAGGAACUCUGAUUCCUUGUUUCAGUAUCUUGACAUAAUGGACAGAAAUGUGGCUCAUCACACAUUAAAAGUUCUUUGGUCGCUUAGUGAUCUUGGCAUCGUCCUUGGCUAACAGUCGUGUUAUGUAGUUAGUUCACAAUUAGAUUAUUCGCACGUAAGUAACAGCUUUUUUCAGUAUGAAUGGUCACAGAUCCAUUCAGUCAGUUUUCCAGCACUUCUAACUUUUGGCACAUAUCUAUUUGUGGUAGUCACUAUUUAAGUGUGGUGAACCAAUAGGUAUCAAAGCUAUUAUCUAUGUCUAUUUAACUAUCUUUACUGUAGUGUUUAUCUGAACGCAGUUUAAUCGCCUUACAAAGUCAAGCAUAUCCCAUUCAGAAUGUGGACAACUGAAGAUGAAAUGAACCAUUCCUUAAAGUUUUCUGUUUAUCAUCUUCAAUCCAGUUCACUUACGAGGUAGAACAUGAACAAAGAAAAUUAGUUAUGUUGAAUUGCAGAGUAAGACGAAGAGCCGAUGGUAGUUUAGAUAAUAUCGUCUCCAGGAAACCAAUACAUUCUAACAGUUAUCUAGACUUCAAGUUAUCUUAUCCAAUGUCAAUUAAUGAGGGUUUAGUCGAAUGUCUAAAUGAUAGAGCUAGAAAACUUACUAGUCAAUGAAAGGACUUAAACAAAGGAUUGAAGCAUAUAGGAGAAACGUUACAGUUAUAGUUAUAAUAAUAAUAACAAUAAUAAUAAUAGAAAUAAUAAUAAUAAAGAAGUUCAUCCGAACACAUAAGAAACGAAAUAGUAACAGUAAUACGAAUACAAAUAAUGACAACACAAGUAGAAAGGAGUUUAAAGCCUCUAUUGUGUUACUUUAUCAGGAAAGAACAUCAGAAACUUAAUGUAGAAUUUUUAACAAGACUAGAAUUAGGAUGGCAUUUUAACCUACAAACUCAAAGAGAAUCCGAUAGAUCUGAUGAAGGAAACUGAUUGUUUUUAAUUUAUGAAUAGAAGACUCCCUCCUUACAUUAUCAAAGGGUUAAAUGAACGUGUUAAUCCUUAGAUGCAAAAUUACCUCUGAACGCGAGAGAAUUAGAUUUUAGUUAUACAUUUCUAGUCACUCAUUUACGAGUGCAUGCGUGAUCAGAAAUAUGUUGCAUGAAUGCAUUACAUGAUUCAGAAAAUCCACAUCUUCGUAUUGUUUUAUCGAAGAUCCAAUUAAGCAAAAUUAUCUAAUCUAUCAAAUUCCAUGCAGUGACUGGGAAGUCAAGUAUGUAGGUCAAAUUAGUCUGUUGGGGUCAGUUUGAUUAGCGGAACAUAGGAAUUUAGCUAAAUGUAGAAUGACAUAUAAUGGAAAAUAUUUGUAACUCAGGAGGAUUGUCUUGUUGGUGUUGUGUUCUCUGAGCUGAAUGGUUUAAUCAUGAAGUUUUCAUUAUCAUUCUAGACAACAUCAUCAGCACAAACUUCAAAAAGAAGUUUGUUUAUUUACUGUUUACAGUUAAAUUGUGUUAUCAUUUACCAAUCUCUUUUCAUAAUGUUUGCUUUCACCACUCAUUUCUAAUCAAAAUUAUUUUCUAUGAAACUGAUAUGAGAUUGGAAUUCAGAGCGAUUAUGUUAUUCGUGAAGUUGUCACACAGUACUUGAGAUGAACAUUCCGUGUGGGAUACUUGCGCUAUUUAUUUGUUAGCUUUUAUUGAACUCAUGAAGUAAUGAUAGGAUGUCUAACUUCCUCAUUGGGUGUACGAUGAAUCAACUUUAUUGUCGCAUUAGCAAUUCAGUGAAAGAUUAAGCAAACUGACAGGACAUUUCAUGACUGAUUGACCCUAGACAUCUAACUUAUGUUAGUGUCUUUAGAUUAUUUUCGUCUUUCAUUUGGUCGUAUUCAUAUUUUGAGAAUUUAUGUUUUGCCUUUAACAAAACUCGACAGAGUUUAUCUGAAUGGACUUAACUUAUGUAUUCAAAAACGAUCCAUAUAGUUCCUUUCUUUACUCUGGUUGUCGAUACAGCUUAACCCAACACAACUUAUUCAGAGAUGUCCACUACUGUAAAUAUGUUUACUUUUUGUUUGUUUCCUUAAGAUUCUUAUUGCUCAGGAUUAUGAGAACUACCAAAUAAGCUACGACUUGUUUUGGUAUUCAUAACUUUAUUAUGUGUAAUUACUUUGUUUUUAGUUGCUGCCUUAGUUUCCAUCAAUAAUUACCUUUCUCUUCAAAUCGCGUCAACUAAGCACCACUAUAUUUGUGGCUUAUGAUAUAUAGGAAAAAAUGUUACAUGCAAGCUGAAUGAAACAGAAUAUUUAUUGGCUCAAACUACAUUUUUCUGGAUGUUUUUACUUGAUCAUUAUUUCUAUUCUUGUGUCGAGAAAGUAACUAUCAUUAAUUUACAUUCAAUAGAUAACUUUUUAAUAUAAUUUCACGAUAGUUGUUUUGUAGGAAUUUUCAGAUUUAAGCAAAAUUUCCACAUUUGGUUUUCGUGGUGAAGCCUUAGCUAGUCUUAGCCAUGUUGCGUGGGUAACUGUUACCUCACGGACAGCAAAUCAAAACUGUGCAUUUAAAGUCAAAUACCGUGCAGGAAAUCCUGAUUCAAAGCCAUUACCAUGUGCUGGGAAUCCUGGGACUACUAUAGUUGCUGAAGAUUUAUUCUAUAAUGCUCCUAUGAGAAGAUCAGCUUUGAAAAAUGGACGAGAAGAGUUAUCAAGAGUAACAGAUGUAGUUGCUCAAUAUGCUAUUCAUUAUGCUCAACAGUGUGGAUUUCAUUUGCAUUUUGAAAAUGCUACUGGAAAAAGUUCAAUAGAACAAGAUCUUCGUACAACUGCCGGUUGGUCAAGAAUGGAUGCAGUACGUGCGGUGGUUGGUUCGUCAGUGGCACAGAAUUUAAUCUCUUUAACUAGUUCACAGUGCUCAUCAUCAGAAUCUACACGUUUGGCCGUGGAACGUUUCGGACUACGUUAUGAAGGUCUACUUACAGCGCCGAACCAAGUUUCUUCUGGUUGUACCCCUUCUUUAAAAUUUAAUCUCUUCAUCAAUAAUCGUUUGGUGCAAUGUACACCAAUAAAGCGUGUUGUAGAAUGUGCUUAUUCAGUUGUCAUUUCACGUGCUUUAUCCUCUCACUCAAAUGAUGAUCAGCAAAUGAAUAGAAGUCGAGGUACAAGUACUACAACAUCAUCAUCAGCAAUUCGAGCGUCGUCUAAUUCAAAUUUUAUGUUUAAAUCUUCUACAUGUAAUUCAUUGUAUGUGUACUUAAAUAUUCAAUUACCGCCACAUACAUUGGACGUGAAUGUACAUCCUACAAAAGCUGAAGUACAUUUUCUUCAUGAGGAUGAAAUUGUUAAUGGGCUGCAAGAUGCUGUAGAACAUGCACUUUUGUCUUCUGCACAAAUUCAAACAUUCAUCAGAAAUCCAUUGUCAACAUCAGUCACCUUCAGUAAGCGAAGAGAAACCAUUGGCCCUAAUGAAUCGGUGAUUACCAACUCUGAAGAUCUUCAAUCAUCACAAUCUGUAUACAGACCACAUGAGAAAGUGCGAAUUGAUAUUCGUCAACAACAAUUGGAACGUUUUUUACCAUCACCAUCGAAUUCUAAUGCUAAUAAAGCUGUUAGUAAUUAUAUUACUAGUAAAACUGGGACUAUUGGUGAGAAUCUGUUGAAGAAGGCAGUCGGUGAUAUGAGUCCAGAUAUUGAAGUUGAUUCUGAUGAGGCUGAUGAGAUAUUGAAGUCAGAUUUCCAACAAAAAGAAAGUUCAUUUAUUCAAGAUGAAGUUAAUAGAAAGAUUGUUGAAUCGGAUGUACGAUCUCCAUUGUGUGAUCAGUCAUAUCAAACAGUAGACGACAAUAUUCAAUCAGAGGCUAGUACAUUACACAAGAUUGAAAGUCAAUCACAUUUGAAUAUUACUGGUGAUGAUGAUAAUAACAGUAUGAACGAGAAUACUAUCAGCUUAACAUCUCGACCUUUAGUAAAAAUGGAUACAAUUUCAUCAUCUUCACAAGAUCCUUCUAGUUUCCUUAGUAAAUCGAAUACACUUUUAAAUUAUUCAAAAGAUAUUGUUACUGAAUCUUCACCUUCUUCAUCAUCAAUAUUCUCAUCGUCAUCAUCAUCAAAAGCACAACAUCGUAAAGUAUAUUUAAUGAGUAUUCUUGCAUUGAAACGUAAUUUAGAAUGUGAUUGUGACCGAUCGAUAAAAGUUAUCUUACGUUCAUGUAAAUUUAUUGGUCUCAUUGAUGAGACCAGCUGUUUAGCUCAACAUCAUACUGAAUUACUAUUAAUUCGUUUAAAGCCAUUAACUCAAGCAUUUUUCUAUCAGUUAUUAUUAGUGAAUUUUGCUAAUCAUGGAGAAAUAAUUUUACGUGAACCAGCUUCAUUGUCAGAUCUUUUGUCAAUUGGGCAUGAAUACCUUCGAAAGUCUUCACGAUUAUUGGCUGACCUAAGUACCUCGGAAUUUAUUAAAGAAGCUACAGUUACUUUAAUAAAACAUGCCCCUAUGCUUUGGGAUUAUUUUUCAAUCAAAAUAACUACUGAUUCUAAUGGGAAUAAUGUGUUGACUGGGAUUCCUUUAGUUAUAGCCAAUUAUAUUCCUGAUUUAGAUAAGCUCCCCAUCUACAUAACUAAAUUGGUGACGCAAGUCAGUUGGUCAGUUGAAUCCGUUUGUUUUGAAAAUAUUUGUCGCAUUACAGCUGAAUAUUAUUCAAUAUCGCCUAGUUUAUUUGCUAAAUACUCUUCACAAAACGAAAAUUCUUCAACAUCGUUAACAACUGAUGAAUCAGAUAAAGAAAACUCCACAUCACCACUAUCAUCUCGUGAAUGGAUGAUACAACAUAUACUUUGGCCAGUAUUAUGUUCAUCAUUCCUUCCUAGUCGUAGGUAUCCUGACUUUGAUUCAAAGAAAUACGAAGCAGAUGGGAAGAUGUUUUCACUGCAGUCUGCCUUCAUUCGACUUACAUCACUUGCAGAUUUGUAUAAAGUAUUUGAACGUUGUUGAGUCAUUAUUUUCAAUAGAUACCUUUGUAUUGUCUUUUGAAGAUUCUGUUGAUAAGCAUAAUUUCUUCUUUUGAUCGGAAAAAAAUGUCUUUUUUGUUUGCUUUCAAAAGAGACUAUGUAAUCAGC